GUCGCUGCGCUCCCAGGGAUGUGAGUGGGGAAGCGAGCCCGCACGGGAGGGCCCCCCGAAGGGCCCAGCCUGGCGGACGCUCGGACCCUUGCCCGCUCUGGGGGCGUCACCAAGACACCUUGGCCCAAGCCGGAGGCGCCUGGUAGGUUUCAAAAGCAGGCAACUAGAACAAGAUGUGAAGUGUUUUCUGCACAAAGAGGCCCUCCCUCCCUUCCUCCCUCGGCCACCGACGGCAAAUGUUCUGAAAAAGACUCUACAUGGGAAUGGCUUGCCUUACGAUGACAGAAAUGGAAGAAACAUCUCCAUCCCCUACACAUCAGAAUGGUGAUAUUCCCGGAAACCCUAAUUCUGUGAAACAAGUUGACACAGUGUUUCAGGUGUAUCUUUACCAUUCACUCGGGAAAGCUGAGGGAGAUUACCUCCAGUUUCCAGCUGGGGAGUAUGUUGCAGAAGAAAUCUGCGUUGCUGCUUCUAAAGCGUGUGGUAUUACACCUGUGUAUCAUAAUAUGUUUGCUUUAAUGAGUGAAACAGAAAGGAUCUGGUAUCCACCUAACCAUGUCUUCCAUAUAGAUGAGUCAACCAGACAUACUGUACUCUACAGAAUAAGAUUUUACUUUCCUCACUGGUAUUGUAAUGGCAGCACCAGAACCUAUCGACACGGAAUAUCUCGAGGUGCUGAAGCCCCUCUUCUUGAUGAUUUUGUCAUGUCUUACCUUUUUGCCCAGUGGCGGCAUGAUUUUGUGCAUGGUUGGAUAAAAGUACCUGUGACUCAUGAAACUCAGGAAGAAUGUCUUGGGAUGGCAGUGUUAGAUAUGAUGAGAAUAGCCAAAGAGAAGGAUCAAACUCCACUGGCCAUCUAUAACUCUGUCAGCUACAAGACAUUCUUACCCAAAUGUGUUCGAGCCAAAAUCCAAGAAUAUCACAUUUUGACAAGGAAGCGAAUAAGGUAUAGAUUUCGCAGAUUUAUUCAGCAGUUCAGCCAAUGCAAAGCCACAGCCAGAAACUUGAAACUUAAGUAUCUUAUAAAUCUGGAAACUCUUCAGUCUGCCUUCUACACAGAACAGUUUGAAGUAAAAGAACCUGGAAGAGGUCCUUCAGGUGAGGAGAUUUUUGCAACCAUUAUAAUAACUGGAAACGGUGGAAUUCAGUGGUCAAGAGGGAGACAUAAGGAAAGUGAGACUCUGGCAGAACAGGAUUUACAGUUGUAUUGUGAUUUCCCUGAUAUUAUUGAUGUCAGUAUUAAGCAAGCAAGCCAGGAAGCUGUAAAUGAAGGUAGAGUUGUAACUAUCCAUAAGCAAGAUGGUAAAAAUUUGGAAAUUGAACUUAGCUCCUUGAGGGAAGCUUUGUCUUUUGUGUCAUUAAUUGAUGGAUAUUACAGACUAACAGCAGACGCACAUCACUACCUCUGUAAGGAAGUUGCUCCUCCAACAGUGCUGGAGAAUAUACAAAGCAACUGUCAUGGCCCAAUUUCAAUGGAUUUUGCCAUUAGUAAACUGAAGAGAGCAGGUAAUCAGACUGGACUCUAUGUACUUCGAUGCAGUCCUAAGGACUUUAACAAAUAUUUUUUGACCUUUGCUAUUGAGCGAGAAAGUGUCAUUGAGUAUAAACAUUGUUUGAUUACAAAGAAUGAAAAUGGAGAGUUUAAUCUCAGUGGGACGAAGAAGAACUUCAGUAAUCUUAAAGAUCUCUUGAAUUGCUACCAGAUGGAAACUGUUCGCUCAGACAGUAUAAUUUUCCAGUUUACUAAAUGCUGUCCCCCAAAGCCAAAAGAUAAAUCAAAUCUUCUAGUGUUCAGAACCAAUGGUGUGUCUGAUGUACCACUCUCACCAACAUUACAAAGACACAACAAUGUGAACCAAAUGGUGUUUCACAAAAUCAGAAAUGAAGAUCUGAUAUUUAAUGAAAGUCUUGGCCAAGGCACUUUUACAAAAAUUUUUAAGGGUGUAAGAAGAGAAGUUGGAGACUACGGUCAACUACAUGAAACAGAAGUUCUUUUAAAAGUUCUGGAUAAGGCACAUAGAAACUACUCCGAGUCUUUCUUUGAAGCAGCAAGCAUGAUGAGCCAGCUUUCUCACAAACAUUUGGUUUUAAAUUACGGAGUUUGUGUGUGUGGAGAGGAGAAUAUUCUGGUUCAGGAGUUUGUAAAAUUUGGAUCAUUAGACACAUAUCUAAAAAAGAAUAAAAAUUCUAUAAAUAUACUAUGGAAACUUGAAGUGGCCAAACAGUUGGCAUGGGCCAUGCUUUUUUUAGAAGAAAAAAACCUUAUUCAUGGGAAUGUGUGUGCCAAAAAUAUUCUGCUUAUCAGAGAGGAAGACAGGAAGACAAGGAAUUCUCCUUUUAUCAAACUCAGUGAUCCUGGCAUCAGUAUUACAGUGUUGCCGAAGGACAUUCUUCAGGAGCGAAUACCAUGGGUGCCACCUGAAUGCAUUGAAAAUCCUAAAAAUCUCAAUUUGACAACAGACAAAUGGAGCUUUGGUACCACUUUGUGGGAGAUCUGCAGUGGAGGAGAUAAGCCUCUGAGUGCCCUGGACUCCCAGCGAAAACUACAGUUUUAUGAAGAUAGGCAUCAACUUCCUGCACCAAAGUGGACAGAAUUGGCAAACCUUAUAAAUAAUUGCAUGGAUUAUGAGCCAGAUUUCAGGCCUUCUUUCAGAGCCAUCAUACGGGAUCUUAACAGCUUGUUUACCCCAGAUUAUGAACUAUUAACUGAAAGUGACAUGUUACCAAACAUGAGGAUAGGUGCUCUGGGGUUUUCUGGUGUUUUUGAAGACAGGGACCCUACACAGUUUGAAGAAAGACACUUGAAAUUUCUGCAGCAACUUGGCAAGGGUAACUUUGGGAGUGUGGAGAUGUGCCGGUACGACCCUCUGCAGGACAACACUGGAGAGGUGGUGGCUGUCAAGAAGCUCCAGCACAGCACUGAAGAGCAUCUCCGAGACUUCGAAAGGGAAAUUGAAAUCCUGAAGUCUCUGCAGCAUGACAACAUUGUCAAGUACAAAGGAGUGUGCUACAGUGCUGGUCGGCGUAAUCUGAGAUUAAUUAUGGAGUAUUUACCAUAUGGAAGUUUACGGGACUAUCUCCAAAAACAUAAGGAAAGGAUUGACCACAAGAAACUGCUGCAGUACACAUUUCAAAUAUGCAAGGGUAUGGAGUAUCUUGGCACAAAAAGAUAUAUUCACAGGGACCUAGCAACGAGAAAUAUAUUGGUAGAGAAUGAGAACAGAGUUAAAAUUGGAGAUUUUGGGUUAACUAAAGUAUUGCCUCAAGACAAAGAAUACUACAAAGUGAAAGAACCUGGGGAAAGUCCCAUAUUCUGGUAUGCUCCGGAAUCACUGACCGAGAGCAAGUUUUCUGUCGCCUCUGAUGUUUGGAGCUUUGGAGUGGUCCUGUAUGAACUUUUCACGUAUAUUGAAAAGAGUAAAAGCCCACCAGCGGAGUUCAUGCGCAUGAUUGGCAAUGACAAACAGGGACAGAUGAUUGUAUUCCAUUUAAUAGAACUCUUGAAAAACAACGGGAGAUUACCAAGACCAGAUGGAUGUCCAGAUGAGAUCUAUAUGAUUAUGACAGAAUGCUGGAACAAUAAUGUAAAUCAGCGUCCCUCUUUUAGGGACCUAGCUGUUCGAGUGGAUCAAAUAAGGGACACCAUGGCUGGGUGAAACAGAUGACCUUCACACCGACACCAAAGUGGACUCACUCACAGAACUCAGUAUUUCCCAUUGCUGUGGACUGCUGUGACAUAGAGUGUGACAUGUCAUGAUGCUAGUCAGCAAAGGUGUGAAAAUACCAGCUCAACAGUGAUGAUUCCAAGUGGGGCUACAAGUGGAAAACAUGGAUGAAAACUUCAGAGCAAGGAAUUUUAUAAAAAGUUUCAUGAACUGUAUCAGUUAACUUUUCUCUGUCAAAGGACAGAAAAACAAAAGGACUUCUCAACUCAGCUUUUUAAGGGAUAAACAAAUUAUAAUGUAAACUUUGAAUUGUUCAGGAUGCACAAAAUAUGUAUGUACAGUUUUUAUCACAACCAGUGUGUAAUACCUUGGCAUCUUGUGUGAUGUUUUACACAGGGCUGAAGUUCAUUCAUUAUGUUUUCUAAUUUUUCCAUAGUUGAUUUUCAACAACUUCACCCUAAAAAGAAAGCAUGAUGCUUAGAUGAAUGAAAAAAAGCACUUUUGCAUUCUUGUUUGUCUCUAUCACUGACCAGCAAUAUAAGCAGGUGUAAACUUUCAGUUUGUAGUUGCAUGCACUGUAAAUAUUUUUCAAAGCAAAGGGAACAAAUGCCUAGUUUUAUUUGUACAGGAAAUCUCCCUUGCCCUAAAGAACACAUUUUGAAAUGGAACAAGCUUACAAAGAUAAAACAUAAUCUAUUUUCUUAUUUGUUUCUCUCA